AUGCAGAUCUGCAGCGGCUUUCCAGAGGCCAAGGGUUUGAGUCUGUCGUCGUAUCUCAUCAUGCCGGACCUGCUCAGACACACGGACGAGACGCAUCCCGACCAUCAAAACCUGAGCCAGGCCCAUGUCGCGGACUAUGUCAACAACAGCAUGCAGAUGGCGUUGACCAACUCGGUCAUCCUACGCAUACAGCGGCACUUGGGCGCGGACAUCACGCAAUUGUUGGACUCGAGCUGCGUGUUCAAGAAAGAGGGCAAGUUUCGCCGGAUCAAGGGGCAGGGGCCCAAGGUGACCGACCGACUGCAGAUGUUUCUCUUCAACGAUCUGCUGCUCGUUGCCGAAAAGAGCUUUGGGCACAUCCGGUCGUACAAGUGGAAGGUGAACAUUCCGAUGAAGGGAUUGUGGCUUCAGGACAUUCCAGACAAUUCGCUGCCAGACCUGCCCAAGAUGUACAAAAAUCUGUUCUACAUCGUGGGCCCCAAGAAGGCCUGGAUCUUCUUCCCCAAGAAGGGCACCCUCCAGGAGAAGAGCAACUGGAUGCGCGAUCUGCAACAGUGCAUCGACGACUACAUCGCCAAGCACCCCGAGGCCCAAGGGGUCCGUAAUGAGUUCAAGCUGCCGUUCAUCUCCACGAGCGCGUCGACGAUCACGAUCCGUCGCAAAGGCCGAACGGCCGCCGGCGAACCGUCAGAGCAGCCCACGACUCAGCGGUCGUUUCUGGGCUCGCCGCCGCUGCUGUCCUCGAUGAUGUCCUUAUCGCUUUCGCCCUCGCCCUCGCCCACUCGCGCCUCACGUUCGUACUCGGACCUGCCGCCGCCGGGCAAGCUCAGCACGUCGCCACCCACCACAUCCACCGUCGGCGGAGGCGCCAAGGGGUCGACCCUGCGCCGACCGCGGCCUGCGCCGCUUAUCAUCACCGACCCGCAGGCGAUUUUUUCUGCCGACAACUCACCGCCAUCGCCGCCCACGCUCAAGCGCGAAGCGGCGCCUGUGACGACGACGUCAUCGCCCUCCCUCUUGUCGCUCGCCAUGCGAACCGCCUCGCCGCCAUCGCCGUCGCCACUCAUGCCCUCUCCGCCUCCACUGAGCCCCACCGGUGGUGGCAGCAGUCGUGAGCGAUCGGCGCCUACAGUGCCGCCUCGGCCAGAGAAGCCGCAGCAGCCGUCGCCCACGCUUUCGUCGUCGAGCCUCGGGAUCACCACCCGAGCGUCGCCAGCGGUGCCUCAAAACGUGUUUGCCACCAGGCAACCGACAUCACCACUUCCUCCCAGCAGACCCAGUGUCGAGACGCAGUCGCCGUCGUCCACGAGCAACUGGGACGCGACGUUGAAAGAGGACCGCCCCCUCUGCUCCAACAGACACUUUUGCACGCUCAAGGAUCCUCAGCACUGGGUGGAGUACAAACACUGGGUCGACGGCGGAGGCAAGCUCUACGGGUCCAACACACUCGACUUGCGGUCGCGCGUGCGAUCUCCGCACCAGGAACCCAAGAAGGGCAACCCAUGA